AUGGAAGAAAACACUAAUUCUACAAUAAAUAUGCCAACUGAUUCCUACACUAUUCCUUCCCCAAAACCUACGCUAAGUACUCAAAAAAUAGAGCGUAGAGUCUCAGGUAAAUCAUGGAAACGUCCAAAAACUGCCACUCGUCGUUCACAACUUCCCCGUAAUUUGCGUAAGAGCUGGGACGAUCGUUUAAAAGAACGACAGGAAAAAGAAGCUAUGAAACUUUUAGAACAGAAACUAAAAGACGAGGUCGCGUCCGAGAAAAAGCGAAAACGUGAGAUUGCCCUAAAAAGGAAACAGGCUUUAGAAGAAAAGGAGAGACUUGAGAAGUUAGCUUCUUUUAUGAAGAGUUUAACUUUACUUUCGCAAUUCACAGCCUCUUUUGGCAAUUCUAAUCCUAGACUAAAAAAUAUUCGACAUACAGUUAAUCCGGAAAAUGGUGACAUUUAUCUUGUUCGCUUUUCAGAGUCUAAGUUCGAGCUUGUUAAAUGUUCUUUAGUACAGACUCAGAAUUUUGAAGUUUCUUCCAUUAUAUUCUUCCCAAAUGGCGGUUCUUCUAAUGAUCUGGAUGAGAUUGUUAAAGAACUAAAGUUUUUGGUGGAUAUUCAAUCGAUAUGCGUAGCCUUCGGUAAUGGUGAUAUAGUUCUUGUCCAUUUAGAUGCAACGCAGGACGGUGAAGAGAUGGUCGAAGUUGUCGGAUAUAUAGAAUCAGGAAUUAGGUGUAUGGAAUGGAGCCCAGAUGAAGAAUUAGUCAUCUUCGUUACUGGGAAUGAUACAAUACUAGAAAUGACUAAAGAUUUUGACGUAAUAACGGAAUUUCCCAUUAAUGUUGAGGAAUUGGGCGAAGCUGUUAGCAUAAGUGUCGGAUGGGGUAAAAAAGAAACACAGUUCCAUGGAUCAGAAGGAAAAACUGCAGCUCAAAAAGUAGUUGAUACAUCUAAUUUUACCCGAUCGGAAGAUGAUGACUUCCAUCCGCGCGUUUCUUGGUGUGGUGAUGGUAGCAUGUUUUGCUGCUCUGUUAUCGAUCAUAACAAAGGCAAAGGGCUUCGAGUAAUCCGUGUUUACAACAGGGAAGGAAUAUUGCAAUCUACCAGUGAACCUGUCGAUAAUCUAGAACAUAUUCUUUCAUGGAGACCGGCAGGUAAUUUAAUAGCCUCAAGUCAAAAAUCAAUUGAUAAACACGAAAUAUGUUUUUUUGAAAAAAACGGAUUGCGACAUGGUGAAUUUUCUUUGCGCGAAAUUAAGAAACAUAAAAUAAUCGAAAUUUUAUGGAAUUGUGAUUCUACUGUAUUGGCCAUAUGGUUGGAGAGAGAAAUAUUGAAUGAUGUGUCUUCAUGUGUUCAAUUAUGGUACAUGAAUAAUUAUCAUUGGUAUUUGAAACAAGAAAUUUUGCCACCUUCAACUGAAUCAAUUACAAGUAUUUCUUGGGACCCAGAAAUUGCAUUGAUACUACAUUAUACAACUGAUAGUAGCUAUUUCCGACUUGAAUUUUCUUGGGACAACUUGUUCGCAAAUACUAUUUCUGCAAAUAAUGCCGCUACUGUUGCUGUCAUUGAUGGAUGCUCAAUUUAUCUUACACCAUUUCGAAUAAUGAAUAUCCCUCCCCCGAUGUUUGCUUCUUCGAUUCAACUUGAUUCUCCUGCUGUACAUGUAUCAUUUUCACCCAAUAAUGGCGGUAAUGACUUUGCCGUUCUUAAAGCUAAUCAGGAAAUCUCAUUUUUCGAAUGGCCUGAAGUAAUGAAUACCCCUCCAAAACCUCCAAAGUUAUUAGGGAUUAUUCAUAUGGACAAAAUUGAAAGUCCAUAUAAAGGAUCCAUAAGGCAAAUUGCUUGGAUUAACAAGACAACGUUAUUUUGCUUGCAUUGUCAUUCAAACAAUCAAUCUGAUAGCAUUACUCAAAUAAUAGUAGAAUUUGAUGAUAAUGGGCAAAUUCAAAAAAAAUUAUUUGAGAGCACUACUCAUUUUACAAAUUUUUUGCGAAGGUUGCAUUACAAUCCAACUUAUGGCAUAAUUUUUUGUGAGACUAAUGAAGGUUCAAUUCACAAAGUCAUCAUUGACCACAAUGAUCCAAAUAAUACUGAACAUUUUUUUGUUUCAAAAACACCUAUUGUUUCUCUUCCCGAAGUUUGUAACUGGAUUGGCACUGUACAAGUCGAGUCAGAAAAAAACAAAAAGACCUUUGUAGUAGGAUUGAGCGAGCAUAAUAAGUUAUAUGUUAAUGAAAGGUUGAUUACUGCAGACUGCACUUCAUUUUUCAUUCAUAAUGACUUCAUAAUUUUUACCACAUUGAGUCACGUCGUGAGAUUUUUACCUCUUCAUGCUAAUUUGCUAGAUCUAAAAGUUCUUGAUAAUGUGAUUCAACCAUACGAUGAAACUAUAAGAAGAGUUGAAAGAGGAUCCAAAAUUGUAUGUGCUGCAUAUUACGAUGUAUUUUUGGUGUUACAGAUGCCAAGAGGAAACUUGGAAACAAUUUAUCCACGCGCUUUGGUCUUAGCAUCAGUCCGAGAUUUCUUGAAUAAGAAUGAGGAUGUAACUAUGACAAUGUAUCCUCAAAUUGAAAAUGGUUCUAAAUCUUCCUUCUCUUCAAAUUCACAUGACGUGUCCACAAAAGUUAACACUGUGUGUGAUGCUGUACGUGCAGUAUUAGAAUCUAUGGACACAAAAACAUACCUUCAAUCGAUAAUAACAUCGUAUGUUAGAAAAACACCGCCUUAUUUGGAAUCCGCAUUGAAUUUACUAGCAAAAUUAAAAGGCUAG